GUCCCACUCGUUAUCGCUUUUUUUUCGACCGUUGGGCUUACUCUCGCUCUCCGUCUUCAAAGAGAAAGCGGAAUUAGGGUUUUCGCCAUCUGCUCUCGUAUUGCGACGAACUUUCUGGCAGAAAUCUUGAUUUUGAACAAUGGCUCAUCGACCACCUGUCGUCAUUCAACACGAGAAUCUUCACAGCCGUAUAGAGAAGGAUGUUGCUCGUCCAAAGCCUACUAAGGCUGGUCAGCAAGCCAGAAAGGCACUGGGUGAUCUUUCAAACACUGGUAAACCUCCAGUUUCUGGUCCAUGGAAGGCCUCGUCUCUGAAGGACAAAUCUGCCUCAUCUCUGAAGGACAAGUCUUCAGUACUUGGUCGUCAGCCCAUCAAAUAUGCUGCCAAGAGUUCUUUCCUUACCAAUGAGGAAAUGAGAAAAUGCCAUCAGUGGGCUAAAGAAGGAAUCGAGCAGAUGCACUUCUCAGGAAACAAUAUGCAAAAGCUACAAAAAGAUACUGAAGAAGAGCGUGUUAAAAAGAAAGUUCACAAGGUUAUGGCUACCUUACAUGAAUGGUUAAAUGAUUCCUAUGAUCUUGGUUUGCGGGUGAAGGAAGUCCCUCUGGACAACGAUGCAGGGAAGAUGGAAUUGGAGCCAGAGGUGCUUCCUUCGACCAUCAAAUCUGGUCCAAGUGUCAAUUCCAAAGAUUGCGAAGAAAUUGAUGGUCUUUUUGGUUCUGACUCUGGGAAUCAUCAACUCCCAUUCUUUGGGAAUUCCUCUGUGCUUGAGCUUGAGCUUGAGCUAAGUGAAGAUUAACUAAACUUGCUGGUUGGGAAAGUUCCUCUUGCAAUGAACAAUGCAUUAUCUUGCUUGCAGAUCAAAAGACCUCUCCAUGAUUAUUGUUUCUUAGAUUUUAUAAUAUCCGACUAAAAGCUUGUUCAAAAGUAGGGCGUGGUGUUUGUAUUCUUGUGUAUAACUUGUCGUGCCAUGUUGAAGAUUAUGCAUCAUUCGAUGCCUCCUAACAGAAGUAAAUUUCCCUAAUUACAUUCACCUCAUCA